UGUGUCAACUCACCAUUCACGAGUUAACUCACUUCCUCUCCUUAUAUAUAAUUUCAAACAAUGUACGUGCCAACCAACCUUAUUGAACACUUUAUCAAUGGCGGGACAAACUACAUCGUACUACACCCAUCUCCGCCGUAAAAACAACCUUUUACUAACUUGUUUUCUUUUCUUUCUUUGUUCUUUCUCCUACUUACUCGGUUCAUGGCAACCACGCGCCACCACCUCUCCCACCGUCACUUCCACCACCAUCAACUGCCCUUCCACCGUACCCGACUCACACAAACCCCUCGACUUCACCACCCACCACUCCGCCGCCGCCACCAACAACAACAUCACCCUCAAAACCUACCCACCAUGUUCCCUCAAAUACUCCGAACACACACCAUGCCAAGACCCAAAAACAUCCUUAAAGUUCCCACGUGCCCGCCUUAUAUACCGAGAAAGACACUGCCCGGAGAAACACCACCUUCUUAAAUGCCGUAUUCCGGCGCCGUACGGUUACAAGAACCCCUUCAGGUGGCCCACCAGCAGGGAUCUGGUGUGGUACGCCAAUGUACCACACAAAGAUCUAACGGUCGAGAAAGCGGUUCAGAAUUGGAUCAGAUUCGAAGGUGACCGGUUCAGAUUCCCCGGCGGUGGGACCAUGUUUCCUAACGGUGCCGGUGCUUAUAUUGAUGGUAUCGGAAGGUUAAUCAAUCUUAAUGACGGGUCGAUCCGAACCGCCGUUGAUACGGGUUGUGGGGUAGCUAGUUGGGGAGCUUAUCUUAUGUCAAGGGACAUCAUAGCAAUGUCGUUUGCUCCAAGGGAUACACACGAAGCUCAAGUACAAUUCGCGUUAGAGCGUGGGGUUCCCGCUUUGAUUGGUGUCAUUGCCUCCAAGCGGCUUCCGUACCCUUCUAGGGCUUUCGACAUGGCUCAUUGCUCUCGAUGUCUUAUCCCAUGGGGUCAAUAUGAUGGAGUAUACUUGAUUGAAGUGGAUCGGGUUCUUCGACCCGGUGGAUACUGGAUCCUUUCUGGGCCUCCGAUUAACUGGCAAAAACACUGGAAAGGAUGGCAGAGAACAAAGGAGGAUUUGAAAGAGGAACAAACCCGAAUCGAGAAAGUUGCAAAGAGUCUUUGUUGGAAAAAAAUAGCACAAAGGGGUGAUCUUGCUAUAUGGCAAAAACCAAUCAACCAUUUUAACUGUAAAACAAAUCCCAAACUCACCCCAACUCCCCCUUUUUGCCCCGUCCAAAAUCCUGAUUCCGCUUGGUACACAGACAUCGAGACAUGUUUAACUCGAUUGCCAGAAGUAUCAAGCAACGAAGAAGUUGCGGGUGGUGCAAUUGCAAAGUGGCCAAAGAGAUUAGACAUGGUACCUCCUAGGGUCACAAGUGGAAGCAUUGAAGGUGUAACACCCGAUAUUUUCCAACAAGACGUUAUUUUAUGGAAGAAUAGAAUUUCAUACUAUAAAACUGUAAAUAAUCAACUAGGGCAGCCCGGAAGAUACCGGAACCUUCUUGACAUGAACGCAUUUUUGGGGGGCUUUGCGGCCUCACUCGUCAAAGAUCCUUUAUGGGUCAUGAACAUAGUCCCGGUUGAAGCCAAGGCUGACACGUUGGGUGCCAUUUAUGAGCGUGGACUAAUCGGAACUUAUCAAAGCUGGUGUGAGGCAAUGUCGACGUACCCUCGAACGUAUGAUCUCAUCCAUGCCGAUUCGGUUUUUACGUUAUACCAAGACAGAUGUGAGAUGGAAGAUAUAAUGUUGGAAAUGGACAGAAUAUUGAGACCAGAAGGAAAUGUGAUUAUAAGAGAUGACGUGGAUUUAUUGGUCAAAGUAAAGAGAAUUGCAGAUAGCCUAAAUUGGGAAAGUCAAAUAGUUGACCAUGAAGAUGGGCCACUAGUGAGAGAGAAACUUCUUUUUGCUGUGAAAUUGUAUUGGACUGCUCCUGCUGAUUCUGACCAAGGGUCAUAAAAGUCAAAAUAUACCUCCUUUCUCUUUUUUUUAAUAUUUUAGAUAAAAAGUUGUAAUUUAAUUUCUAAAAUUUAGCCCAUUUAAAUUUAAA